AUGAUUGAUAAAGUCGAGGAAAAACUCAAACAAAUGAUCGAAUUGGGAAUUCCCUUCGUAAAAGAUCCUGGAAAAGAACAUCCAAAUGCCAAUUACACUAGCAGUCUACUAACUCCAACGAUAUCGAUAAUCGUGUCACUCACAAGCUCAUAUAACAUUAGUCAAUUAACAGGUCAUAAUCUUGAUGUCACAAUGGCCAAUAACGAACUUUCGUCGCGCAUGGAUGAGUCUAAUAAACGUUCUAAGAAACAAGACCGAGAUGAGUUGUCACAAUUAUUGAAGGCGGAAGAAUAUAUUG